AGGGGCCUGUGGGUCAGAUUUCCAGAGGAGCGACCCCUGACCGCUGACGAGCAUCCUGUUUGUGCUCAGCGUGCGCGCAUGCGCUGAUCUACAUACACAGCAGCAGCGCGCGAGCAGCGGCAGAGGCUCAUCCACAUGGCUGUGAGAUCUGCGCGGAGCCGAGCGGAGCGUCGCUGGAAGCCUCCCCGCUCUCUCAGCAUCCUUCCAGCGGCCACAGGAAGAAGGAGAAGCCAAACAAGCCAACAAAGUUUUCCUCUGAGGAGCCGACAUGGAUGAACGGGAGCACGUUAGUGAGAACAGACCGGCGGAAACAUUCUUCACACGGUAAAAGAAUGAUAACAUAGCGAGGACUGUGUGUUUCUGAGUUGUGUGAGAGGACACGAAGAACCCAAAACUGUGGGGAAAGUUUGAAGCAGGGACUGCGCGAUGGCGCGGGACGAAGAGGAGCCCGGGAUGGCCCGAGCUGCAACAGCGAAGCGGCAAAGAAAGAAGAAAGCCAAGGAGAAUAAAACCAGGACCGUCCACGCAAACAUACUGUACGACCACAGCAAAGGCGAGGACAACCCCAACCGACACUACGCGAACAACAAGAUUAAGACCACCAAAUACACGCUGCUGUCCUUCCUGCCAAAGAAUCUUUUUGAACAGUUCCACAGGUUUGCAAAUGUUUACUUUGUUUUCAUCGCUUUGCUGAACUUUGUUCCGGUUGUCAACGCGUUCCAGCCAGAACUGGCUCUGGCUCCUGUCGUCUUCAUCCUGUCGGUCACUGCCAUCAAAGACCUGUGGGAGGACUACCGGAGACACCGGUCUGAUACAGAAAUCAAUCACAUGGACUGUCUGGUGUUCUGCAGAGCGGAGAGACGCUACGUGGAGAAGUACUGGAAGGAGGUGCGGGUGGGAGACUUCAUCCGGCUGCGAUGUAACGAGAUCCUCCCGGCCGACGUGCUGCUGCUGAGCUCCAGUGACCCCGACCGCCUGUGUCACAUCGAGACCGCCACGCUGGACGGGGAGACCAACCUCAAGCAGAGGCAGGUCGUCCGCAGCUUCUUCCACCUGGAUUGUGACUUCGACCCCCUGAAGUACGACGGCGUCAUCGAAUGUGAGAAGCCCAACAACGACCUGAACAGAUUCAGAGGCUACAUACUCCUUCGGAGCGGCAGAAGAGAUGCACUUUACAAAGAGAACCUGCUGCUGAGAGGCUGCACCAUCCGCAACACAGAAGAGGCCGUGGGAAUCAUCAUCUACGCAGGGCACGAGACCAAAGCCAUGCUGAACAACAACGGCCCGCGCUACAAGCGCAGCAAACUGGAGCGACAGAUGAACGUACACGUGUUCUGGUGCGUCAUCAUCCUGCUGGUCAUGUGCCUGUUCGCUGCUGUGGGUCACGGGCUGUGGAUGUUUCAGUACGGAGAUAAGAGGCCCGUGUUUGACGUUCUUAGUCCGGAGGGGACAGACUUAUCACCCAUCAUGUCAGCCAUUUAUCUCUUCCUCACCUUGAUCAUCGUCUUUCAGGUGCUGAUUCCCAUCUCCCUUUUUGUGUCGAUUGAGAUUGUGAAGAUCUGCCAGGUGUACUUCAUCCAUCAGGACAUGGACGUGUACGACGAGGAGACGGACUCUCACCUGCAGUGCAGAGCUCUGAAUAUCACCGAGGAUCUCGGCCAGAUGCAAUACAUCUUCUCUGACAAGACGGGCACGCUGACGGAGAACAAGAUGGUGUUCCGCCGCUGCACCGUGGCAGGGGUGGAGUACUCCCAUGAUGCAAAUGCUCGAAGACUUGCUAUGUACCAGGAGAUGGAUUCUGAGGAGGAAGAGUGCACGUCUCACGGGGGCACCCUGCCCAGGCGGGACAGUGUGAGCAGCCAUCAGAGCGCCCGGGUGGUGCUGCGCUCCCAGAGCACAAAGUCCCACCGCAGGACGGGCAGCAGGGCGGAGGCCAAGCGAGCCAGCAUCCUGUCCAAGCACACGGCCUUCAGCAGCCCCAUGGAGAAGGAUAUCACCCCCGACCCGCAGCUCCUCGACAAAGUCAAUGAAUGCGCCAGUCAAAUGGACUUCAUGCGCUUCCACAGCCAGCCCAUGUCCCAGCCCUCUGACCUCGCCGAAAUCAUGGAUUUCUUCAUCGCUCUCACCAUCUGCAACACGGUGGUCGUGUCCUCCCACCAGCCCAGGCAGAAGGUCCGGAUGAGGUUUGAGCUGAAGUCUCCAGUGAAGACCAUCGAGGACUUCAUCAAACGCUUCACCCCCAGCAGACUGACCUCCGGCUCCAACAGCAGCAGCUCCUCCAGCCUCAUCACCAACCGCUCCUCCAACAAGGGCUGCUCCAGCCUGCUGUCCUCGCCCUCUGCAGAGAGCACGCUCACCAAACUGGACGAGGAGCAUCCUCCAGGAGGCCUGCAGCACGCCUUCAGCCCCAUCCCGCCCUGCUACGACGGGAAGGCGUGGAACCAGGAGGAGGGCGAACUGCGCUACGAGGCGGAGUCGCCCGACGAGGCUGCGCUGGUGUACGCUGCCCGGGCCUACAAGUGCUCCCUGGUGGGACGCCUCCCUGACCAGGUGACUGUGGAGCUGCCACACCUGGGCAAGUUGAGCUUUGAGCUGCUGCACACACUGGGCUUCGACUCCACCAGGAAACGCAUGUCUGUGGUGGUGAGACACCCUCUGACGGAGCAGAUCACGGUCUACACUAAAGGAGCCGACUCUGUCAUCAUGGACCUCAUCAGACCCCCCGACACAGGAAACUCUAAAGGGAAACGCCAGAAAAAGAUUGUCAGCCGGACGCAGAACUACCUGAACCUGUACGCUGCAGACGGCCUCCGCACACUGUGCAUCGCAAAGAAGAUUCUGAGCAAGGAGCAAUAUGCCUGCUGGCUGCAGCGCCACCUGGAGGCGGAGACGGCCAUCCAGGGAAGAGAGGAGCUGCUGUACGACUCGGCGCUGCGACUGGAGACGAACCUCCAGCUGCUGGGAGCGACGGGCAUUGAGGACCGGCUGCAGGACGGAGUGCCUGAAACCAUCGCUUCUCUGCGGAAGGCCGGUCUGCAGAUUUGGGUUCUGACGGGCGACAAACAGGAGACGGCCGUCAACAUUGCGUACGCCUGCAAGCUGCUGGACCCCGAGGAGGAGAUCCUCACGCUGAACGCUGAUUCUCAGGAGGCGUGUGCGUUGCUGCUGGACGAGAGUCUCCACUACAUCCAGGCCAAAUUCCUCUGCAGCUCUGCAGACGACGGCGCCAAGACAUUCCCCAGUAACUCUGCACCCUUUGAGUUCUAUCCCUCGCCGUCUCCAUCCUCAUCCUCCCACGCCGCGCCCCUCGCGGUGCUCCGGCUGGGCCUGGUGAUUGACGGGCGGACCCUGGCCUACGCCCUGGACAAGAGUUUGGAGGAUAAGUUUCUGGCUGUGGCGCAGAGCUGCCGCUCCGUGCUCUGCUGCCGCUCCACGCCGCUGCAGAAGAGCAUGGUGGUCAAACUGGUGCGGAACAAGCUGAAGGUCAUGACUCUCGCCAUCGGUGACGGAGCCAAUGAUGUCAGCAUGAUCCAGGUAGCAGACGUGGGCGUGGGCAUCUCGGGACAGGAGGGCAUGCAGGUGAGGCGGUGUUGGGUGAUGGCGAGUGACUUUGCGCUGCCUCGGUUCCGGUACCUGCAGAAGCUCCUGCUGGUGCACGGUCACUGGUGCUACUCCAGACUGGCCAACAUGAUCCUCUACUUCUUCUACAAGAACGCCAUGUUCGUGGCGCUCAUCUUCUGGUAUCAGUUCUACUGCGGGUUCUCGGGUUCGGCCAUGAUCGACCAGUGGUAUCUCAUCUUCUUCAACCUGAUGUUCUCCGCCUUCCCACAACUCAUCACUGGCACUCUGGACAAAGACGUGUCGGCAGAGACUCUGCAACAGCUACCUCAGCUCUACGUGAACGGACAGAACUCUGAGGAAUAUAAACCGUACAUGUUCUGGAUGAACAUGAUUGAUGCUUUCUACCAAAGCCUGGUGUGCUUCUUCAUUCCUUACUUUGCCUACGCUGACUCUGACGUGGAUCUGUUUACAUGGGGGACGCCCAUCACCACCCUCGCGUUAUUCACCAUUCUGGUGCACUUGGGCAUUGAGACCAAAACUUGGCGUGUUGCUGUGAGAGCGGUGGAGGCUGACAGGCACGUGGAUAUUUAA